AAUUCACCACCCAAAUCCCAAAGCUGAGUUCCUGAAUUUGUUUAACUGGACUUAAACAUCAACACGCGCUUAUCAACAACACCUAUCUCAAGAGUCGGAAUCGAAGGAGAUCUUGCAAAUCGUAAAUCCCCAAAGCAUGGAUCUUAAUCCACCUCAAGGGGAGAAUUAUGCUCAUCCACAAAUAUGCUUCUUCCAUGUGCUUUUCAAGGGUGCUGCCUUGGCCUUUUAUAUUCUUUCAGCCCUAUUUGUGGAUAAUUUUGUCAUCAUAUUUGUGGUCACUGUACUUCUAGCUGCACUUGAUUUUUGGGUUGUCAAGAAUGUAAGUGGUCGCAUCUUAGUGGGCCUCAGGUGGUGGAAUGAAAUCAAUGACGACGGUGAGAGUGUGUGGAAAUUUGAAUGCCUUGACCAAGAGUCAAUGGCUCGAAUGAACAAGAAGGAUUCAUGGCUGUUCUGGUGGACCUUAUACAUUACGGCGGUUGCAUGGAUCUUUUUUGCCAUAUUCUCAUUGAUUAGGUUCCAAGCUGAUUAUCUUCUCGUUGUUGGUGUGUGCUUGACCCUUAGCAUUGCUAAUAUCAUCGGCUUCACUAAAUGCCGGAAAGAUGCUAAGAAGCAGCUUCAGCAAUUUGCUUCCCAGACCAUUGCUUCUCGUUUCCAGUCUACCAUUCAGUCAGCAUUUAGUGUGGUUUGAGUUGCUUACGCUAUCAAUCAGAGGAGAAGCGAUUUGCAGUCAAGCAGAUUUUAUUUGUUUAUCUUGUAAAUGAACAUUAAAUGUGGUCAUAUAUGUGGAAGUGUUGCUCAUAUACUGGUGUAGACAGAGGAAGGUGCAUGUCUGUGUACCAUUUUGAUAUCUGAAGGUGUUGUAAUACGUAAAAGCAAAGGGACAUCUUGUUUAUUAGGA